AUGAAGAAAGGUAUCAGACCUCAUAUUUGGGGCACUACUGGUCAAGAAGCAAAUGGAUUGUAUUUGGUGCAGGGGUUGGAAGAACACAUGAAGGUUGCAAUGGUUGUAGAAAAUGACAUGCCAAAUUGUGAUUUGGAAAAUUAUGAAAAAUUCCUUUUAUGUCCAGGUUGGGAAUUUGACAUUGAAGUUGGAAGUUUAGAAGGAAAGUCUAGACUGGCAGAAAAUGAUGCCCUUACACCAUUACACGAGAAAAAGCAAACGAAAUGCAAAAGUAUAGGAAAUGAUGAGUUAUACAACACUACGUGA